GGGUGAGGGUGUUGCUAUGCAGUUGCUAACACGUUUUUAGCAUGCUGCUGUGUGGAUCCUAGUUAGCUAUGUGGCAGGCACAACUACUAUAUAAAGCUUGGCCAAUAUGAAUAUGUCAACUCAUAGUAAAUAUAUAUGUAGUUUGCAAUUUCUGGUGUUUGCUGUCCACCAUUUUGAGUUAAUCAAUGUACAUUGAACACACAAAGUCCGCUUAACUCAUACACAUUGGUAUGCUGUGCUGUAAUGAAUUGCUUAACUUCUCUGAUAAGAGCUUCUCCUGCCCAUGGGCUCGGCCACAGCCUAUAAAGUCUUGAGAGAGAUAACUAGCACUUCUCAAAUUCUUCACUCAGACGCCCAAACGCCUUCUAGUGCUGGACCUGAGCAGUGAGCAGCCAUGCCUUCCGAACUAGAGACUGCCAUGGAGUCCCUCAUCAUGGUAUUCCACCGGUACGCUGGAAAAGAGGGCAGGAGCGGCACCCUGACCCGCCGUGAACUCCGAACCCUGAUGGAGAACGAGCUCUCUGGGUUUCUCAAGUCUCAGAAGGAUCCAACCACCAUAGACAGAAUUAUGAAGGACUUGGAUGCCAAUGGGGAUGGAGAAGUGAACUUUGAGGAGUUUGUGUCUUUGGUUGUGGGUUUGUCCAUCGCCUGUGAGGCUUGCUACAGGAUGCAGUUAAAGAACACACAAAGCUGGAACCUAUGAGUUUGUGUUGAUGCGCGUCGAAUGAAAACCAUAAAAACUACUUUUGCUGCAAGGUUAAAGUACAGUGGGUGUGUGUGACAGGACUUUGGCCUACAAACAGUAUUCUUUGAGCUUUAAACAUGUCUGUGCUAAAAGCAAAUGUUUUUAUUUAAAAUAAAGCUUUAAAAUAUUCAAAA